UGGGGAAUAUAAAUUACAACCUUUGAGAAAACGGAAACAUGAAGAACUGGUAAGUCAAAGUGACGAUGAACUUUCUAAUGAAGAAUAUCCGCCACCUACCCUAACGAACUGGGAGGAUGAGGUUGAUGAAGUUGAGACUGUAGAACGAAACAAUAAGGAUCACAGUCUCUUGGUAUAUUUGAACUGGUAA